AUGGUUUCAAAGUUUAUACUAUUCGCCACCUUAUUGGUGGCCACGCAAGCCAGCCACUUGGCUUACCAAAGAGUCUCAUCACCAAUCGCUUACAAGACUUUCUCAGUCCCAACGGUCCAUCGUUACGUGCAACAAUCAGCUCCAAUCGUCACCAAAGUGUUUGAACAAGGCCCCGCACCAGUCUACACCAAAGUUCACCAUCAACCCAUCGUAGUCCCAGUCACCAAGACCCACGUAUCACCUGCUCCAGCGGAAUACGACUACGGCUACUCUUUGAGCGACCCCUACACAGCCAAUCACCAAAACAAAAUCGAAUCUCGUCGUGGUGAUGUUGUGACCGGUAGCUACUCUCUUUUGGAAGCCGAUGGCAGCAAAAGAAUUGUAGAUUAUAUCGCAACACCUACAGAUGGUUUCAAGGCUACAGUUCGUAAAGAAGCACCGGUUGUAUUGGUGCCAGUUCAAAAGAAAAUUGUAUAUGCUGCCCCACUUGCUUACUACAAAAAAACAGCUUUGCAAUAA